GGGGACUGUUAAUAACAAACCAACAUAGGGGGUGAAGCAAGUAUAAUGGCAGGCCAGGUUCGUGCGCUAGUCGCUGCAAAGUGGCUUGCCGAAGCAAUUAAAAACAACAAAGUGGGACCUAAGCUACGAAUUCUCGACUCCUCUUGGUAUCUCCCUAAAUUUAAUCGUAAUGUUCUACAAGAAUUCAACCAGAGACAUAUACCCGGUGCCUCCUUCUUCGACAUCGACGAAUGCUGCGAUAAAACUUCCACCUUCGAUCACAUGCUACCUUCCGAGACCGAGUUUGCUGCAUACGUGGGAAAUUUAGGAAUCAGUAAUGACACACAUGUAGUCGUUUAUGAUACCAGCGACUUCGGGGGAUUCGCAGCACCACGGGUUUGGUGGAUGUUCAGGUUCUUCGGCCACGAAUCGGUGUCUGUGCUCAGUGGGGGAAUGAAAAACUGGCUGAAUGAGGGUCACCCCGUUUCUUCAGAGUACUCCGAACCGGAACGAGCAGAGUUUCAUUCAACUACUACCAACAGCUCUUGGGUGAAGACCUACGAAGACGUACUAGAAAAUUUAACAACUAAACAGUUCCAAGUCGUUGACGCAAGGGCUAGUGGAAGAUUUCGUGGCAUUGAACCAGAGCCAAGACCAACCACUGAGCCAGGGCACAUCCCAGGUACCAUCAACAUGCCGUUCCCUAACUUCAUGGAUUCCGCGGGGUUGGAGAAGGACCCUGAGGAGCUGGCCCAGAUGUUCCACGAGGCUGGAGUGGACCUGAAGAAGCCCUUUUGGGUCACUUGUGGCUCGGGUGUGACAGCGUGCCACAUUGCUCUGGCAGCUCACCUGUGUGGGCAUCCAGGUGUAUGCCUGUACGAUGGUUCCUGGUCAGAGUGGUUUGCCAGGGCGGCACCGGAGCACGUCGUCUCAGAGGGAAAAGGAAAACAGGCGUGAGGCCACCAGUGUGGUCUGAAGAGCACAUACCUGAUAACUAAUAAUGAUAAUUGUAGGUUUUGAAAUGUUGUAGUGUUUGGUAGAAUACAGUGCAUCAGAGAGGUUUGCAACAUCAGUGCGAUACACUCCAGUGCAAAGUUCAAAUUACAUGGCCAAGACAGUGUUCCCACAACCUAUGAUGAUGCACUGUACUCCAGCUGUCUGACCCUCAGAAUUUACUCUUACAUUGUGCAUACACAAACUUCAGGAUAUUAACAUUAAAUUAAAGGUGUGGCGUUAAGAAGAUUUAGUGCCUGUAUACUUAAAAGGUGCUGUGUAAGACUGGUGAGUCUGUCUAUUGCCUCUCAGCAGAAACUGUUGAUGAGGGACCCCUGAGUAAGGUCUCUGCUUUAAUCAGAUGCAGACCCUUUGAUUGGCCCUAAUCUGAUGCUCAUAAAUCCUUUUCAGAGUUAAGUUACUUUGUUAUAAUGGCAAUGUUUUAAAGAGGAAUUGGGCAAUACCUUGUAUUUGUAUUGUAUUUGCCUUGUAUUUGUUUGCCAGUCACUAAUCCUGGUAGGCCUAUGUGAAUAGACUAUGAAUGUUCAGAAAUUAUGUUGUGUUGAUGGAUAUGGCAAGUUUAACAAUAAAGAAUAGCCUAAGCCCUAGUUUUAGGCUUGGGGUAAGGUAGGUAGGUAUGUGAAAAUAACAAAGUGCACUUUUGAAUAGGCCUACUGAUUUAACCUUGUUUAUAAGAAGUCUAUUCAUUAUCACUGUACAGUACAAAAAAGCCAGUGUAUCAAAUAUUUCUGCCAAUGUAAUUGAAGUAUAAUAAUAAACAAACUCUAUUUUCAAA